UUAAUUUAUUCUUUUUACGUUUAAUUGGCUUCUUCCAUUUUCCCUUCUUUCUCUCUUCUUGUGGUCUCAUUGUGCAAAGAAAAAACAGGAAAACAAAAACAUCGAAGAAUUUAGUUUAAGUGAAUGAGGCCACAGAUAGUAAUAUUUGGAGACUCCAUUACUCAACAAUCCUUCAAGUUAGGUGGUUGGGGUGCUGCUCUUGCUGACACUUAUGCUCGCAAGGCUGAUAUAUUGAAUCGUGGCUAUGGCGGAUACAACACCAGAUGGGCAUUGUUCUUGCUGCAUCACCUAUUUCCAUUGGACGCUCCAACACAUCCUGUUGCUGUCACUAUAUUUUUUGGAGCCAAUGAUGCUGCUCUUUUGGGAAGAACCAGUGAAAGACAACAUGUCCCACUUGAGGAAUAUAAGGAAAACCUACGAAAAAUGAUACAACAUUUUAAGAAAUGCUCCCCAUCGGUGCUGUUGUUGCUGAUAACUCCACCACCAAUUGAUGAAGCAGGACGGUUUGAAUAUGCAAGGUCCCAAUAUGGAGACAAAGCAAUGCAAUUGCCAGAAAGGACAAAUGAAGUAGCCGGAGAGUAUGCAAAACAGUGUGUUGAAUUGGCAAAGGAGCUAGGUCUCCCUUCCGUCAAUCUGUGGUCUAAAAUGCAGGAAACAGAGGGUUGGCAAAAAAAAUUCCUCAGUGAUGGCUUACAUCUCACACCAGACGGUAAUGCCAUUGUUUACCAAGAAGUCAUUAAAGUGUUUGAUGAAACAAGUCUCUCUGCUGAAAAGAUGCCUGCUGAUGUCCCUCACCAUUCAAUAAUCGAUGGGAAACAACCCGAGAAGGCCUUCCAGCUACAAUGCCCUGCUACCUAACCGUAUAUUCUAUCCUUAAUAUAUUGAUGUGAAAACAGCAAAAGGGUACUGUCUCCCAGACCCCAUCAAGCUCAAGAGUGGUAAUUGCUUUCAAGUUUCCUAUGUUUCAAGGGAUUAUAUCGAGACACCUUCACUAGCAAUAGAUUGUAGACAAAUGACAGUUGAAUCAUCAAAAGAAUGCCUUUCAGAUUUGAUAUUAGUACCUAAAAACCUAUAAUUGCCUUGAUGAACAUAAAAAGUGUGAUGUUUUGGAUUGUGUACACAACCUUAUGCCUUCAGUAGUGUCAACAGAUUCGAAAUGCUCAGCUAAUGUUUUGUAGUAAAAAAAUUGCUUUUACUACCAAAAGUGAGGUGAAAGAUUGUAAGAGUUGUACA